CUCUGUUUUUUCUUAUUUUAUUUAAAUGUGUUACCCAUGAUUACUAGAUCUACUCUCACAGUUUAUGAUGUAAUUUGUUGUAGAUACAUUGGUACUGUUCGACCUUCUUAUGAUCGGGUAUGCCUCCCGAUGUUUUCGGCGUACUAACUUCUGUGAGGUGUGUGAAGGAAGCAACCCUGUAGGUGUCGUUGAUGAGGCGAUCACGUCUACACUGGCGGCACCAAUGAAAGAUGAAAUCAACAUCGCCCUUCAUCACCUUCGGACAUCCAUAGAUACAAAGUAUCAAAACCUUAUUGAAGCUCACAAUCCAGUAAACGCAGACUGCAGAAUUGGUGACACGUUAAAUAUACCGCGACAAAACAACAUGAACGAGUAUCUCAGGUUGUUAUUUAGAAAAAUAACACACGUAGCUGUUAAAACAGAGUACGCAGACUGCAUGCUUGAGGAGGGACGCUCAGGGAACUAUGAAGAAGUAAGAGCUGGCUUAAACAGAGCAUUGUGUGCACUUCUUCGUAGAAACCGCACAUUUCGUAAUGACCGGAAGCUAUGUUCACCUCGGUACUGUCCACUUCCAGGUCAGGCAGACACGUCCAACUCAGAGAGAAUCGAUUUUGAGAGAUGUACACUGUUAGAGAGUUCCAUGCAUUUAAAUAGUAUAAUCGCCUCCUGGGAACAAUGUAUCAAUGACAAUGACGAAACUUACACGUGCAUCGCAUCUUCAAGGCGACGAUCAAGACGCCACAAUGAAGGCAGGAAGGGAGGGAGACGAGGUCGUAAAAACAGACGCCGAGGGCGUAAGGGAAACAAAAGCCGAAAAGCCCUCCGCAAAAGAUGCAUGAAGAAAAGUGGAAAACCUCGCAAAAGGUGCUUACGAAAACUGAGGAGGAAAUACAAAAUGUAAAUCUAGACGAACUGAUAUAAGCUGGUUUGGAUAAAUAAUUAUAAUAUUAUAAUUAUAUAUAAAGAGAGUGGAUAUGGCGCAGUGGAAUCAGCUGCGGGUAUUCCUGGCUAGGCGAUUAUGUGCCGUAGAUCGUGAGUUCGAGGCUCGGUCAGGAAAUGAGUCUUCCUUCGUCAUUUGUUUUACUAUACUACAUCGCUAUAUUCAAUUCAAUAAUCAUCGGCAGCUAUUUCAUUUUUCUAUUUUUUAAGUUGUAGUAUGUUUUCGUUGAUAAAUUGUUAAAUAAUAUAAAUUGUAUGCUCAUUAAUUAUUUUCACCCAUUUACCUUUUGUGUGUAUAUAAAUAUCUACUGUACAUAAAGAUAUGACAACUGUUGAAUAUUUGAUGUAAACAUGAAAUAGCUAACUCAGCCAGGUAUUUCGCUCAGGUAAGCAGCCUGAUGUAUUGUGUGUCGUAAAUCAAUGGAAUGUGUACACACUCACAGUGUGGUUAUAAAUGACCGGGUUUUACACACCCACAUUUACGUCUAAAUAUAAAUUUAGGUUAGCCAAUCAAACGCAUGCUCUUUCUAUAUAUACCCACACAAAUAGAAAUACCAUUACUUUACUAUCAUUCACCUUACAACUCUCUGUAUUGACGAAUGAAAUCAACGUUUAGGGCUGUAGAACCAAACAAGGAUUAUCCGUGGUUUAUAUAUAGUUGUAAGUUUGCGCCUUAUCAAUGAAUGUAUUCUAUCAUAUAUAUAUAGAUAGAUAUAUUGGAAUUUAAGUUUGCAAACUCUAUCAUGUUAUUCAAUGCUUAAUGGCCUCUCUUGUGAUGAUAUUAUUUUCCUUUUGUACAUUGACAUUUUAGUUACGUAUGGAAUUGAUUGCAUUUAGGGAAAACAUUCUGGAGGUAUAUAUGGAAUUUGAGAAAAUCGAAAUAGAUCUCAACUUAUAAGAUACAGAAAAGAUAUGUCUUUACUUAACUCAGUUUUUUUUUGUAAAAUUGGAUAUUGGAUCUAUUUUAGAUAACAUGAAAUAAGUAUUCUGAACCUGUGCCACUAUUCACAAGAAAUACUUUUGAUAUUACGUUGUUUGUUUGUUUGUAUGUAUGCUAUGUCAUUUGGAAUAAUGUUGCCUGUACCGGGUGUGAUCGGUUUUCUCCAAUGGAGAUAUGCCUGACGUAGUUAUCUCCCUUUGCAUAAACUAUACCAUGUCAACAAAGGAUGUUGUUAGUUUGAUACACGUCCCUAUACAAAAUCUGACAUGCCUUAAAUGUUAACAAAACUGUGAAUGUAUUUAUCUUAGCCCAUUGAAUGUUAGCGCAUUACUGAAUUGAAAGAGAAAAGCGCUCUGAUGAAUUGGCGCACUCACAUCACCUGCUACAUUGUAUAGAAAACAAUGUAGAAAACUUUAAUUGGCGCAAUCCUAAUUUAGCGGAAUGCUUUCAACAUGAAAAGCGCUAAAUUAGGAUUAAUGCUAAAAUAUGUACAUCUACAGUAAGUGGGGACCAAUAAGGACAGCAUAGGGAAGGUACCAGGGAAAUCAAUGAUAUAUUAUCGUUAAGUUAGGUAGACUCUGCGAGUCAAUUUAAUGUAUACUUUAUAACAAAUCAUACCAAAACAUUCCUACUAUAUAUAUAUAUAUAUAUAUCAUAUUUUCUGUAUAUUUUGUGUCUGAUUUUUGUUUUAUAUUCAUUAAAAUAUAUUUUGAAAAGGA